ACGUCAGGACACCGCCUGGGACGUCACCUCUCCCGUCCCCAGACCCGAUGACAGGAAACCCAGUAACGUAGGCCCUGGCUGGGGAUCGAAAAGCCACGCCGCUCGUUCUCAUACCUCCAGCUCUGGAGGAUGGCGAUGGGAGGAGGGGGCGGCCCGGGCCCAGAGUCAGGAGGGUCUGGCUGGGUAGAGCAGAAGACCUUGUCUGGGUGUGGAGACCGAGACAACAAAGGUCCUGGAGGAGAGCGAGGAUGGGACAACUCUUCCUCUACCUGGGGGAACAGCCAGAAGGAGGACCUCUCCAACACCUGGAUCAACCCUCCGAAACCUCAAAAGCAGGGCUGUGGUGGAGACCGCUCCAGAGGAGGAGGGAGCAGCUACUGGAGUCAGCCCCAGAAGACUAGUGUGUCUGGGGGAUGGGACCGCGACCUUUCAGGGUCUGCAGGAUGGGGUGAGCCCGGCCGCCCGGCCAACACCAACACGCACCCCGACGGAAGCAGCAGCACCUGGGGUGGCAGCGGAGGGACCCCUGACCACCCCAGCAACCCUCACUCUGGCUGGGGAGAGCCCCCUGUAUCCCACUCCGUCGGACACAAACCCCAGAACCACCAGACCCAGGGAGGGUGGAGCGAACCAGCCAUGAAGCCCAGCCACCCCUCUCAGAGCUGGGGAGACCCGGCCGAGUGGGGUAAAGAUCCAGACGCCAACCCGGACCCUAGAGGACCUCCACCAGGCGGUCCCCACCCCUCCAAACCCAGCGGAUGGACUGGGGUGGCGGUCCCAGUUGGACCCUCCCACAAGGAGGAGGAGUCGUCGACAGGGUGGGAGGAGCCUAGUCCAGAGUCGGUGAGGAGGAGGAUGGACAUCGAUAAUGGCACCUCGGCGUGGGGAGACCCCAGCAAAUACAACUGUAGCGGGGUCAAUUUGUGGAACAAGACCAGCCAAUCAGAGCAGGAUGCCAUGGUCACGACCAAACCCCCCCAGCCCCAGCAGCAGCCCCCACCACCCCUGAACAACAUGGCCAACAAGGACAAGACCUGCAGCUCUGGUUGGGGUGAACAAUACACCGGUCCCCAGAAGAUGGAGUCAGGAACGUGGGGUGAUCCGCCAGGCCCACCCGUCUCUGUGGACAACGGGACAUCGGCCUGGGGGAAACCCAUGGACACCAGCUCCACCUGGGAGGAGCUGAGAGACAGAGGGGACAGAGACAGAGGGGACAACUCUGCGACAGGAGGCUGGGAAGGACCUGGAGCACAGAACCACCACAAACCUGGUCCCAAGCCCAUGCAGCAGGAGAGUAGUACCUGGUGUGGGGAGGAGGUGUCGUGCCAGGCCAGUUGGGAACCGGAGGAGGAGCUGGAGAUCGGGAUGUGGAGCAACACCCCAAGUCACAGAGACCGGGACAGAGACGGUCACAGAGAGAACCACAGAGACCGGGACAGAGACGGUCACAGAGAGAACCACAGAGACUGUCAGGACAACAGGAACAACGGGCCACAGCAACACAGCUGGAACUACAUGAAGAAAAUUCCUCCCAAGAUCAACAAAUCGGUGAACAAGCAGGAGGAUGCCUGGAUGAACCAGUUCGUCAAACAGUUCAACAACAUGACCUACCCUAGAGACUCUCCUGAAGACUUGUCGAAGUGCAAUAAGAUGGAAGGAGGAGGGAUGAUGUCUGACAAGCGUAUGGAUGUGAACAUGGGAGAGUACAGUGGAGUGAUGGGGAAAAACUCAGCUUCCAGGCACCAGAUCCACAAAGAGCCUUCCAUGGAGAGAAGCCCUUACUACGACAAGCUGUCCCUGCCGCUCUCUGCUUAUGAUCGCUCCGCCUCGGAGGAGCUCUCCUCCAAUCACGGCAUGAGCUUUUCCCCCUCCCACUCUGCUCAGCCUAUCCCCUCUCUCUGCUCAGGGCAGGCUCCCACCCCCUCUGUCUCUGAGGCUGGUAGGCAGAAUGUAAACUCCAUGUAUGGCAGCAGUGCAGUACCAUCUCAUAACGCUCCCCUCAACUCAGCCCAGAACAAUCUCCGUAACCAAGUGCCUCCACCCGUCCUGUCCUCUCAGGUCCCUCCCUCUCUCCUGAAGUACCCUCCCAGUGCAGGAGGCCUGAACCUGUUUGGUCCACAGCAAGUAGCUGUCCUCAACCAGCUGUCUCAACUCAACCAGCUGUCUCAACUCAACCAGCUUAACCAGUUACAGCGUCUCCUCCUCCAGCAGUCUCAGCAGCAGAAUCAGAGACCGAUGUCUGUUGGACAGCAGCAGAGUCACAGACCCAUGCCUGUGGGACGCCAGCAGGACCAGCAGGGCCGUCCUAUUGGUUCGUCCCAGUCGAUGAUGCAGCCUCCGCAACACCUCGACCACUCCCUCUUGAAGCAGAACCCCGCCCACCAGCCCCUCAAGUCCUACAUGGACAACUACAUGCCCCAGAAUGCAUCUGAGCUGCAGAAGGAGCCCAACCACAUGGGCUCCUUCACCAACUUCCCUUUAGGCUUGAACUCUAACCUGAAUGUAGGCCUUGACACGGGGUCUGGCUGUAAGGAGCCUCAGUCUCGUCUGAAGAAGUGGACGGCCUUGGACGUGUCCGUUAACUCACCUCUGGAGCACAAGCCUGGUGCCAUGUCGUCUGGGCUGCGUCUGGAGGAUUCUCCCUUCGGUCCCUAUGACUUCCUGUCUGCUGGCUCCGCCCCCUAAGCUCUCCCGGCCAAUCAAUGGGCUCGGUGGGCGACAGCUGGCCCCCUCGUGCCAAAUCCCCCAUGGAAACACCAAUAUUACCUGGCCCCCAGAGUUCCGGCCCGGGGAGCCAUGGAAAGGUUACCCCAACAUCGACCCUGAGACUGACCCUUUCGUGACCCCUGGAAGUGUCAUCAACAACCUCUCCAUCAACACCGUCCGCCACAUAGACCACCUCAGAGACCUGACAGGACCAUCCUCAUCUCUGAACACCACGAUGCCUUCUAACAGUGCCUGGUCAUCUAGUCGUGCCUCCAGCCACAGUGGUUCACUCACCAGUACAACACAAAGCACUACGGUCAGGUCCGGAGAGUCUAAAUGGUCUCCAGGAGGAUGUAACUCCUCUCUGGCCCAUGAGCUGUGGAAGGUCCCUCUGGCUCCUAAAGGUCUUUCAGCCCCUUCCCGCCCCCCUCCCGGCCUCACCAACCAGAAACCCCCUCCACCCUGGGGGGAAGCUCCUCUCCGCUUGGGGGGCUGGGGGCACUCUGACUCCAGAUACACACCUGGUGAGACUGCCUGUAACAGGGGGUGUAGAUG